AUGAUGUCCCAGGCUAGGACAGUCUGCUCCCUGGUCCUCCUCCUACAGGCCCUGACUGGGCUGACUCAGAACUCUGACUUCCACUUGGCCGGGGACUACCUCCUGGGUGGCCUCUUCACUCUCCAUGCCAACCUGAAGGGCAUCGUCCACCUCAACUACCUGCAGGUGCCCAAGUGCAAGGAGUAUGAAAUGAAGGUGCUGGGCUACAACCUCAUGCAGGCCAUGCGCUUUGCGGUGGAAGAGAUUAACAAUGACAGCUGGCUGCUGCCAGACGUGCGGCUGGGUUAUGAGAUGGUGGAUGUCUGCUACAUCUCCAACAACAUCCAGCCUGUGCUCUACUUCCUGUCGCAUGAUGACUACUUCUUGCCCAUCCAGGAUGACUACAGCAGCUAUGUGCCCCGUGUGGUGGCUAUCAUUGGCCCCGACAACUCUGAGUCUACCAGUACUGUGGCCAACUUCCUCUCCCUGUUUCUCCUUCCACAGAUCACCUACAGUGCCAUCAGCGAUGAACUGCGUGACAAGCAGCGCUUCCCCACGGUGCUGCGAACAGUGCCGAGCGCUGAACAUCAGAUCAAGGCCAUGGUACUGUUCAUGGUGCGGUACGGCUGGAACUGGGUCAUCAUGCUGGUGAGCAGCGACGACUACGGUCAAGAGAAUGGCCAUCUGCUCAGAGAACAGCUGGCGGGCCAGGGCAUCUGCAUCGCCUUCCAGGAGACGCUGCCCAGGCUGCAGCCCAGCCUGACGGAGGCAGAGCAUGAGCGCUUGGCUGCCAUCGUGCACAAGCUGCAGGAGAGCAAGGCGCGCGUGGUAGUCUUGCUGUCGCUUGACCUGGCCCUGCAUCACUUCUUCCACGAGGUGCUGCGCCAGAACCUCACGGGCAUCGUGUGGAUCGCUUCCGAGUCCUGGGCCAUCGACCCGGUCCUGCACAACCUCACCGAGUUGCGGCACAUGGGCACCUUCCUGGGCGUCACCACCCAGAGCGUGCCCAUCCCGCGCUUCAGUGAGUUCCGCGUUCGCCAAGCUUACUACGGGCCACCUGCGCCCAACAAGACCAGCCCACCAGCUACCUGCAACCAGGAGUGCCACACCUGCCUGGACGCCGCCAAGUCCUUUAACACCAUCCUCACGCUCUCAGGCGAGCGCGUGGUCUACAACGUGUACUCAGCCGUUUACGUGGUGGCUCACGCCUUGCACAGUCUCCUGAGAUGCAAUGAGACCCGCUGCUCCAAGGAGGUGGUGUACCCUUGGAAGCUACUUCAAGAGAUCUGGAAGGUCAACUUUACCCUCCUGGGCCACCAAAUCUUCUUCGACCAACAGGGAGACCUGUCCCUGGGCCUGGAGAUCAUCCAGUGGUGCUGGAACCUGAGCCAGAACCCCUUCCAGACCAUUGCUUUCUACCACCCAGUGCAGGGGCAGCUGCGGAACAUGGCCCCCAUCUUCUGGAACACCGCCAACAACACGGUGCCCAUGUCCAUGUGCACCAGGAGCUGCCGGGCUGGGCAGAGGAAGAAGCCCGUGGGCCUCCAUCCUUGCUGCUUUGAGUGUAUUGACUGCCUCCCUGGCUCCUUCCUCAAUAAAUCAGAGGAUGAGUUUGACUGCCAGCUCUGCCCCAAAUAUGAGUGGUCCCACAGGAAUGACAUCUCCUGCUACAAGCGGCGGCUGGCCUUCCUCAGAUGGCACGAGGCACCCACCAUCUUCGUGGCUGUGUUUGCUGCCCUGGGCUUCCUCAGUACUCUGGUCAUCCUGGAGAUCUUCUGGAAACACUUCCAGACACCCAUGGUUCGCUCAGCUGGGGGCCCUAUGUGCUUCCUGAUGCUGAUGCCCCUGCUGGUGGCAUACCUGGCACUGCCCGUGUACGUGGGACAGCCCACAGUGACCGCCUGCCUCUGCCGCCAGGCUCUCUUCACCCUCUGCUUCACCAUCUGUAUCUCCUGCAUCACCGUGCGCUCCUUCCAGAUCGUUUACAUCUUCAAGAUGGCCAGUCGCUUCCCACGGGCCUAUGGCUACUGGGUCCGCUACCAUGGCCCUUACAUCUUUGUGGCGGUCUUCACUGCACUCAAGGUGGCCGUCGUGACGGGCAACUUACUAGCCACAACCACCGUCCCCACCGCCCGCUCUGAUCCCGACAACCCCAAGAUCAUGAUUCUGUCUUGCAACCCCAACUACCAUAACGGGUUACUACUCAACACCAGCCUGGACCUGGUCCUCUCGGUGGUGGGCUUCAGCUUUGCCUAUAUGGGCAAGGAGCUGCCCACCAACUACAAUGAGGCCAAGUUCAUCACCCUGAGCAUGACCUUCUACUUCAUCUCCUCCAUCUCCCUCUGCACCUUCAUGUCUGUCUACCAGGGUGUGCUGGUCACCAUCUUGGACCUCUCUGUCACUGUGUUCAACCUCCUGGGCAUCAGUUUGGGUUACUUUGGCCCCAAGUGCUACAUGAUCCUCUUCUACCCAGAGCGCAACACACCAGCUUACUUCAACAGCAUGAUUCAGGACUACACCAUGAGGAAGGACUAA